AUGGCUUCCGCUGCUCCUGCCGCCAAGCUGGAGGUCUUCCAGGCGUCUAUCGCUGUCGAACGUUCCUACGUCCGCGAGGUCGCGCGGGCCGUCCUCUUCACCAUCCUCUUUCAUCGAGUGCUCGGGACCCUCUCGAAACCGUCAACUCUCGAGGUCUGUGGCGUGACUUUCCCCGCACCAGCGGAGCGCGAGUUGGAGGAACUGGUCGAAAGGAAGGUUGACUUGCUUGUCAAGGCACUGUCGGGCGAAGGGAGGACCGCAAAGCUCUUCGUCACGCUCUACCCGACUCCGCUUCCCGCCCUUCCUCCCUCUCAACGACCUCGCCAGCGCCCCUCAACUCCCUCUGCUACUUCCCGCUCUGCAUCACCAAGUACAGCAGACGCCCCCUCCUCCUCUCGCAGUCCUACGCGCCCUGCCUCGGCUUCUGCAGCUCGAAGACACGCCUCGUCAAUCGCGCAGGCGGCUCCAGCGGCCGUCACGUCUGCCCUCGGAUGGUUCUCUGCGUCUGCAAGGGCCGCGCUGGGUGGCGGAGAAGCAGCGGGCGAAGCGGAAGGAGCGAAAGAUGAAGCGCAGGAGGAGGAGGUUCGCAUGGUCGAGGCUUUGAAGGCGCAGGGUCGGACCGCGUGGGAGGGAUGGUGCGUCGAGUUUGAGGUUCUCAGCGACGCCGUUGGAAUGGGCGGAACGAGGUCUAGAAGGUCUACGGCGACGGAAGAGCGUCUUCGCACCCAGCUCAACGACUUUUUGCUACGCUCCCUGCACUUCACAAUGACCAAGACGUCGCACAUCCCGCCCAUCACGACCGCCGAGUUGAUGCCUUACGGAGUCGUCGUCCUCGUCGACCCUGUCACGCCGCCGUUCGCCGUCCCCAAGCCCGUCAUCGCCGACCUCAAGACCUUUCCGGCACUGCACCGCGCGCUCGUCUCGCCAGCGGGUGAGAAGACGGUAGAGGCGCUGCGGGCUGCGAGUGUUGGUGCGCGGUGGUGA